AGCACAAUUCCAUAGCAUUCUAUAUUCCGGCAAAGGGGGCGGGGCUGGGCGGCAUGGCUCGCCGGGCAGUCACGUGACACACACUGUGUAAAUCCCUUCCCAGGCUGGGAGUCAGCACAGACCUUCUCUCCUGCAGGACAGCAGACCAUGCAAAGAAACGUGGAGCUGGCCCCAGCACUCUAAUACACAACAAGCCCUGCUCUAUGAACAGUCCGCCAGCCCACACUGCGAGACACACAAUAACCCUUCCCAUUAAGGAGUAGUGCGAGCGUUGCGCGGAGUCCCGGCGCUGCUGGCAUGGAGUAUUUACUGCAAGUGAAGCUGGGCUGCCUGUUCGGGCUCCUGCUACUCACUCUGUUAUUUGGGUUAGGCCCCUCCACACUGAAAUGCUUCCGAAACGCAGCUGGGAGGGAGGGACAUCAGAUGUGCAUGAGUUUUAUUAGCUGUAUAGCAGGAGGAGUGUUUUUGGCAGCCUGUCUGUUGGACAUUGUUCCUGACUUCUUAAGUGACAUGAAGAAUGAACUUGAAAGACAACAGAUAACCACAGACUAUCCUCUUCCAGAAUUUGUCAUGUGCAUCGGAAUUCUCCUGGUUCUCAUUGUGGAACGUAUUGUCCUGGAGUGUAGCCAUGGGACGACUGAAGAGAACACGCCACUUAUUCAAGAUCACGGAAACUCUACUGAUGCAGAGCAGGGGCGUCAUCACUUCCACGUGGACUUCAAUGCUCAUUCCUCCUUCCGCUCUUUUAUCCUUAUUCUGUCCCUUUCUCUGCACUCUGUAUUUGAAGGAAUUGCCAUUGGACUCCAAAACGCCCAGUCAGAGGUUAUGCAGAUUGCUAUAGCCAUUCUAGUUCAUAAGAGCAUUAUUGCUGUUAGUCUGUGUCUGCUACUGAUGCAGAGCAAAGUUCGGACACGAUGGUUUGUGCUUUCCAUGGUAAUGUUUGCACUUAUGUCACCAAUUGGCAUCGCGAUUGGCAUUGGGGUGAUGCAAUCUCAGUCUGACGGGAGUGCCAUGGUGCAAUGUGUUCUGGAAGGACUUGCUGCUGGUACUUUUGUCUAUAUAACCUUUUUAGAGAUCCUGCCACACGAACUGAAUUCAAGCAAAUGGAGGUUACCCAAAGUCCUUUUUAUUCUGAUUGGGUUUUCUGCAAUGGCAGCACUAAGAUUUUUAGGGUGAAAUGUCACCAUUUAUUUGACAUUCUGAAUAUUCUACCUCUCAAUUUUAUUGAGACCAUUUGGAGGAGAAUUAUGUACCUCCUUCUAGUGUUUCUUUCUUUUAAAAUUUUGCAAAUGCUUCGUGCCACCAGAAUUAUGGAAAUCUCCCAAAUCUGAAUGGACUGAAGGAGAAAGCAACUAAACUUGGCACAAUCUGAUUGCACUGCAGGAAAAGAAAAGCAUGUUGGUUUUUUUUUUUUUUUUUUUUUUUUUUUUCUAUUUUGUAUUUUUAUGCAGCUUUUUAAAUAGGUUUAGAAAAUACCAUAUUUUAAUAAUUUUGUCUCUGGCCAGAGAUUAAACAAACCGUGCUGUAUGAUUAACAAACACUGUACUCUUGUAUCCAUGUGCACUCUAUGCACAGAGAUUGACAGACUAGGGUGAUGAAUAUUACAGGUUUCACUGGAGGAGGGGGUAAGGCUUGCGUUGUAGGAAUGUGACAGUACAUUUUAUACGAGAUGCUAUACAUUCCUGUUUUCUGCAAGUUACUUAAUUGUAUAGGAUUUGUAUGCCAAAACGCACAAAAAUGGGUUCAGUGCAUACAUCAGAAAAAAAGUAACGUUUUAUUUUUUUAGAAUUCUAAAUUUGUUACCAAAGUGAAGAGGUACAUAUAAGUGCUGAGUUGAGGAGCUAGUGGAACGUUUACAUGUUGUGGUCAGUAUCCUGUAGUUUUGUUUAAGUAUUCCCCUUUUAAAAUAUUUUCACUACAGUGUUGUAGAGUCCGGAAUUCAUUGUGUAUUACAAUCUGCUGCUACACAUUAACUUGCCAAUAAAGCAAAAUCCUUAACUCUUCCUCUUAAUGUACUGUAGUAAUACAAAGGGCCAGCAUAGGCCUGCAGUCUGUCUGAGACGUAUUCUGUAAAAUCUGCUUCUUCGUCUACCUCUGUAAUUUGUAUAAUAUAUAAAUCUGUUCAUCAAAUAAACCCAGAGAAAUGUACGUUCUUAUGAUGGAGAGACAAACUGUAA